AUCAUCGUCAGGUUCAUGGACAGUUAGGGCGUGUUUUAGAUAAUUCUCUAAAAAGUCGGGUGAUUUUUGUAAUUGCAGAAUGAAUGAUUAAAUAAACAGUUAGUACGCGAAUCAACGCAUAAUGGCUGAAACUGAUGCUGAGACCUUCAUCAUUUGGUUUUCUACAUGAACUUGUAGGCUUCCUACUCACUUUCUUGCAGAAGAGAGAAGAACUUGUUGCUUAGAGAGCAGAGUUGCAGAGAUGGUUUUAGUUAAGUGCAGUAACAAUAGGGUGGUGGGCAAAGGAGGAGGAGGAUGGUAUGGGAUAAUUAUGGUGGUGGGUAUAGCAGUGGCACUUGUUGGCGUGAUGGGUCUUCACAAGAUGAGGGAUAAGAGACUCUUCUCUCUCAUCAUCCAAGAAAAACACAGGGACCUUCUCUCUCUUCAGCUGCAGCUUCAGAAAGAAAGGGAGUCUAUCAAAGAAGCAAAUCAAAAAUAUGAGACAAUUAAAGAAGACUUAGACCACAUCAAAUACCAUAAGAUAGGGCUCACCAGAAAGCUCAUACAAAUGGAAGCAGUUGCAGCAAAUCUAGAACAGAAGCACAAGAUAUUAAGAUCAGCUCUAUUUGAGAAACUUAAUCUGAUUAAAACCCUAAAAGACAAGGAAUUAACCCUGACUAAAGUUCAAUCAGAAUUAACUGCUCUGAAAGAGCAACUCAAGCAAAAGAAUGUUAAAGGCCUUGAAAUUAAACAGAGAACCGAAGCGCCACAAAAGGUGUGGUCGGUGAGCUUGGAUGACCCCUCUAAUCCUUGCAUCAAUUCGACAUCUUCCGAAAAUUCGCUUUGUGGAGAUAAUGUACAGGAAAACAAGGAAUCAGAUGGGCAGCUCAAGAAGGAUGAGGAAGCACAGGCCGGUAAAGACAUGAAAGCCAUGACUCAAAAACACAAUAUUAAACCUAUCCACGGAAGCCUCGAACAAUCUCAAAAUUUGAAAAACAAAGAAAGUACAGGUUUCACCAGAACCCAACCAAAAGGAGUAGAGGUCCCCAUAGAAGUAAAUUGGAUGGAAAACAAAUAUGAAUUGCCAAAGAAGAGAGUUGACAUGCUCGAAAGUAACAGACCCCACAAAUUAGAGUCCUUUGAUGUAAUUACAUUGUCUGAAAACUUGACUAAAAACGCGGAGAAUGGUGCUACCAUGGGAGGAGUAGAGUCCAGAGAUUGAUGCUUUUAUCGAAGUCUUGGAUGAUACAAGUGAUGAGGCUUCAUUUGGAGAAUCUAGGCGCCUGGAGACUGAUCGCAAUGACAGAGAAUUGGAGGAUAAUCAAGAUGAGGGUGAUGAGGAAUCAGAGGAAAUAUAGCUUACAACAGAGACAUGCUCCAAGAAUGCUUUUGUUUUCUGUUUCCCUUCUUUUUAUCUAUUGUAAAUAAACUAA